CGACCGAACGAGUUCAACGCGGGAGGCUGAUCCCAGUGGCUUAAUUUUCAAACGUGGACAUGUGUAUCAUGGCGUUUACUUCCCAACUCUUACUAACAGCUUUCGGGAUCAACAGCUCGAAGUCGCCUACCAGCGUUAUUCUCACCGCCAGCGCCAGAAGUCACUCAUCAUGGUCAAUGGCGUUGAUCUCGUGCUUAAAGUGGUUCUUCUCAUUAUUUUCCUCGUGAACAGCACGGGGGAAACCAACGACCAUAUUGUGGCCAUUACCUAUUCGGUGAGCUGGAUGGUCGUGAACCUGAUCCUGUGCGUCCUGUCUUGGUGGAGAUGCUUUGCCAACAACUACCUCCACUGGGGAGCCCUUUGUACCUGGCUCGUUCUCAACAUUCAAGGCUGCAUAUCCCAAGUGCUGUGCAGCGGGACAGAAAAUUACAUGUGGUAUUUGCUGUUUAUCGUCUUCGUCACAUACUCUAUGUUGCCGCUGCCUCUCCGCUGGGGUAUGUUGGCUGGGUCCCUCACAGCCCUCAUUCAUCUCAUAAUCACCCUCAUUAUCAUUCAAACAAGUUAUAACAGCUACUGCGCCGGCCAGUGCAUUAUGGCUAACCUUACGUUGUACUUCGCCAUCAACUUCGCCGGAAUGUACACCAAGUACCUCACGGACCGGACACAGCGGAAGGCCUUUUUGGAGACGCGAAAAUCCAUGGAAAUGAGAUGCAGGACACAGAGGGAGAAUGAGAGGCAGGAAAAGUUGCUGUUGUCGGUGCUGCCCCGUUUCGUGGCGCUGGAGAUGAUCCGGGACAUCGCCAGAGAGGACGAGCGAGGCGAGUUUCAGCCCUCGCAGUUCCACAAGAUCUACAUUCAUCGCUACGAGAACGUGUCCAUCCUCUUCGCCGAUAUCAAAGGAUUCACAGGUGGGCUGAACGCGCUCGUAUACGCUUUGUCUUUUUUUUUUUUUUUUUGGCUAGAGACUUUGCGACAUCUUCUGUGGCUGUUGAUCCUGUUGCUAACGCCAGCAACAUCAAAAGCCAAAAUCUGCGAAUUAAGUCAAAGUAAGGGAAAAAAAGUGAGCAAAGAACAGGUACAAUAG